AGAAUUUAACAUGGAAGUCUAAAUCGGUCUAAAUACUGAACGGUUGCUUAGAAACGCUUUGGCCAUUCACGUUACAGUAUUUUAAAUACGAUUCACGAUUAAAGCGCGAACUGUGAUAUUCCAAUUCCGAAAAGCAAUUAGCACGCUUAAUGUUUAAGAUUUUGGAAGAUCAAUAUAAAUUGUACGAAGUAGGUGAACAUGAUUGGGGAAUGCUUACGAUUUCUGAUAACAUACUUGAAGAACUAUCGGAACUAAAUUGUAAUAAACAUAUGAACCAUUUAGUUCCUCUAAGCCAUUUUUUCGAGCAACCACAAGUCAGUGAAACUGAGGCUCAGUCAUCUCUUUGGGAUGCAAGUUUCAUUGUGUCUAAAGUGAAAAACAAAGAUAAUGAUGACAGUAUACCUUCUACUGUGAUGGAAACAGAAGCAGUUACUGGUGAUGGAGAUGAAAAGAGAAAUAUAGAAGGAAGUGUAGGCAUGUUUGUUGGAAACCCAGGUGGAGAUGGUUUACGAAAUGAGUCACUAAACCUGAUAUGCCAUUUGGAUGAGCAGAUGGCCACAGUUGAGCAGUUGAGCAAUGCCUCAGAGCAGCAGGUGGCGUACGUUUUGUCAAAUUUGUCAGAUGCAGGCCUGUGUCACGUGUGCACACUUUUGUGCUCAAUGUCGGCAAGUGAGCAGAGCAAACUUGGGUCACUUGUAUGUCGACUUCUUCUUGUGCCCAGGCUUCAAGAAAAUGGUCGUGAAUCUUGCAGUCGUACUGUUAUAAACGCAUUAGUGAAGUUCACCAAGUGCUUACCGCAUCUCAGCUGUACUGAAGUUUUGCUCCCUGUAAUGCUCACACCACAAACCAUUAAUGAAAAGGAUACUGUACUGCAAAUUAUCACAGAAGCUCUUAGCUCUCAACAUAAGGAAAACUUAUUGAGGAGUUUUCUACAAUGUGAACCAGAGAAACUUGAUGAAUGGCAGAUACGUCUCCUGCAAGAACUGAUAUCCCCGACAUGUGGCGAUACAGCAAGACAGCAGCUAGUCCAGCUGUUAGUAACUUCAGCCAAUGACUUAGCACACAACACUCGCUUUACCAAACUCCUAAUUAGUGUUAUACAGCAGCUAGGGCCUGGAGCUCCUCCUGAUGUCCAACAAAAGUUGGCAGAGGUGGUUAGCAAUAAUAAAUCUGUCUUGAAGAAAGCUGCCAAAAAAGCCCUUCAUGCCUUGUAGUUUUUGUAGGAGCUCAUCUACUUUGCCUUGGUGAACUUCAGUCAAAGAUCAGGUUAGCUGCUGUGUCUAAGAGUUUGUCGUCAUUCCGAGUGAGUACUGAGCAUCAAACAGGACAUUCGGAGAAGAACUUGUUUUCCUUCCUUCAAAUGCUUUAUUCUAUAUUAUGAGGCUGGCAGGUAUUUUAAAUUUAUAAUUUAAUAUAAUUUAAAUGUAUAAUUUAGUUAUUCAUGGAUUUGUGAGGAUAACUGAG